AUCAAUCAAGCAUCUAUAAGUAAUUAUUUAAUGUCACACAAGAUAAAAAUAAAAAAUAAAUUAUGUAAUUACGGUGAAGUAAUAAUAUUAUUGAUUAAAAUUUGUCAUACAAGCGGAACUUUGACAGUAAAUGUGAGCGUAUUGUUAUUAAGUCUGGCUUCACCUGACGAAUCGAGUUUGAAAUACGAAGUUGAGUUUCUCUUGCAACAACAAUGGUAUGAUCCACGUCUACGAUACAGUAAUCGAUCGCGAUACGAGUUUUUAAAUGCGAUCCAUCAUCAUAAUGACAUCUGGCUGCCAGAUACCUAUUUUAUCAUGCAUGGUGACUUCAAAGAUCCUCUGAUUCCGGUACACUUCGCAUUACGGAUUUAUCGCAAUGGCACUGUCAACUAUCUGAUGCGACUCAAUAUAUUUCCGUUCGAUGACCCGCAAUGUUCGUUUGCUAUUGAGAGCAUUUCCUAUGAACAAACAGCAAUUACUUACGUGUGGAAAAAUGACGAGGCGACGUUACGAAAAAGCCCGAGCCUCACAACACUAAAUGCGUAUCUUAUUCGAAAUCAGACAAUCACGUGUCCGAUAAAAGCAAGCUGGCGUGUUUAUUUACACAAAAUUCAUGCUCAAACGGAACGCCAUAAUUGGGAAGCAGCUGGCGCACACGUGAUUGUCGACUACGAGGACGAGUUUGACGAAUUCGGAGAUUCAAAGUGUUCACUGUGCCAGCGCAGGUUUGAAGAACAAGGUAACUACAGCUGUCUGAAAGUGGAUCUUAUCUUCACAAGGGACCGUGCCUUUUACUUUACCACAGUCUUUAUUCCGGGAAUAAUACUGGUAACGAGCUCGUUCAUCACUUUUUGGCUUGAGUGGAAUGCUGUACCUGUGACUCGAGGUAAAGUUUUGGAAUAG